UUUUGCAUUUGCUUGGUAUUUUGAGAAUGAAGGAGUUUGUGAAAUAAAACCAAUCCCAUCCCCUUUCCACCGCGCCAUUAAUGUGCCCCACGCAGAAGUCUGUCUCGCGCAUGCAGGGCAAACCGUUAGAAGCCAGCGGUGGACCAGGCAAGGCUAACUGAAAAGUUCAAAAUGGACAUAGACCGAGGUUUUAAGUUCAAACUUCUGGUGCCUCCCAGAGUAAACCACAGUCAGAUAAAUGCGGUCCGACCUCAAGAAAUAGUAGAGAACCACGGUGAUCUUCUAAAUACAAUGCAGCGGGUAAGCUCUUCAGUAAACCAGAAUAAUUCCAGCAGUGGUGAGCUUUAUUCCAAGCUGUUUGAUGAAGUAGAGAAAAUAAAGUCCUGGAAGGUCAAAGUUGACACUCACACAGUGGAGAAAGAGAGAAAACUCCAGGAUAACAAAAGAACAAUUGAAACCCAACGAAAAGCCAUUCAGGAAUUGCAGUUUGCCAAUGAAAGUCUAAGCAUAAAGCUAGAGGAACAAAUCUGUGAAAAUGAGGACCUAAGAAACAAAAACAAUGCAACAAGGAACUUGUGCAAUAUACUCAAAGAGACUUGUCAGAGAUCUUCUGAGAAAAUGCAUUUGUUUGAAUCUGAAAGGGAAGAAACACAUCACCUCUUCAUGGAAAAUAGUGGCAGUAUUAAGAAACUACUUUCUGCAUUUGAAAGCCUUCGUAUUCAAGUAGAAGCCGACCAACAAGAGAUGCAGAAAGUGAAAGAGGGCUUGUUGCAGUUUGAAGAGCUGAAAGAAAAAUUUCAUCGGGAACAAAUUAUGAAAGACAAAGAGAUUGAAUUGCUUGAGAAAAAACUUGAGGAUAAGGAAAAUGAGCUCCAGAAAGCCCUGUUAAACCUUAAUGAAGCUCAGAAGUACUGCAAACGACUGCAAGACUCAACAAGGCAACAAUCUGAACUUCUCCAAUGCUUGAAAACUGAAAAAGAAUCUCUUCUUCAAAACCUGGAUAGUGCUGAGCAACGCUGUGAAGAGUUUAAGACAAAAGAGGAAAACACUGCUGCAGCCCUGGAAAGAAGUAAAAAGGAGUAUGAAGAGAUCAUCCAAAACAAAGACCUCAACAUGCAGGACCUCAACAGAAUAAAAAUUCAGCAAUCAGAGAAACUGAAGAAGAUUGAGGCAACAAUCAAAGACUUAAAGAAUUCCCUUGCUCUAGAGAUACAGAGGGCCAAAGAUCUUGAGGAUAAACUAAUGACAGAGAGCAGUGAACUUGAAAGAAAUGCAAAACUUUUAGGAGAGACCAUGGAUGAAGCUGCAAAGAAGGAGGAUUUGAUCAAAGGCCUUGUGGAGAAACUGGAUAUCAAAUCUAAAUCCACUGAGUUGUUGAAAUGCAAGAUUGAUGCUUUGGAAGCCAGAGUGGAUGAACUUGCCUCUGAGCUAUCAAGGAAAACAGAAGAAAUUCAGAUUUUAAGGAAUGAAAAAGAGAUGGUGUUAGCUGAAAAUAGUCUUCUCAACAAGGUUUGUGAAAAUGCUGAAAAGGCAAAAGAAGAUAUGCAGGAGAAGUCCACUUUUAAUGAGAUCAAAGUGAAGGAACUUGAGGUGCAGUUGUCUGUUGAAAUCAAGAAAAAUAAAGACUGCGGCUUUCAGAUAGAGCAACUAAAGGAAGACAUCUUGCAGCAUGAAGUGAAAUAUGAGGAGCUGCUUUCUAGCUUUGAUAAGCUACGAUCUGAGAACGUGGUCAUUCAGCAGGAGUUUGAAAAUGGACUGUCCAAAGUAAAAGCAUUUGAGGCAAACAGGAAGGUGAGUGAGGAGAAGAUGGUAAAACUUGAAAGAGAAGCACAAAAGCUGGAAGAAGAAAACCAGUGUUUAAGAGAUGAGAUCAGUACAAUUAAAACCAGAAUCCAGGGGACAUGUCAAGAAACUGAAACUAUGCAAAAGAAAACUGAAGAAAUUUGUGAUCAUCUACAAGACGAGGUUUCACAAAAGGAGAAACGGAUAAAAGCCGUGGAAGCUAAGCUUCACAAUCUCAGGAAGAAAUUGGAGAUUAAAUUUAAACUGCAAGAAGAUUUCAAGAACGAAAACAAAACGCUUAAGAAACAAAUCGCAAAAGAAACGGCUAAAUCCAAUCAUCUUGAAAUGAUGAUCGAUAAGCUUCAAAAGGAGGGCAAGGACCUCAAGACACUGAAAGAUGAAGAUUACCAGAAAAUGUGUAAAGAUCUUGAAUCAAAAUUAAUCCGUACAGCAGAGCUUGAAAAUGAGGUACAAAAGCUCAAAUUAACAACAGCAGAGGCCAUUAAGAACAAAGAAGAUGCAGAGGUCAAGUGUCAGCAUAAGAUUGCAGAUAUGGUAGCACUGAUGGAAAAACACAAGAGCCAGUAUGACCGCAUGGUUGAAGAGAAGGACACAGAGCUUGAGAAAAACAAGAAGAAGGAGAUGGAGGUGUCUGAAUGUGCAAAAUCACUGGAGUUGGACCUGUCAAAACAGAAGAUAGAAAAUGACCAACUGUACAAACAGUUGCAGACAAAAGAAACAGAAAAGGAAAAUCUACAAAAAGAAGUAGCUGAUUUGAAAAGAGAAAUUUCUACUGCAAAGGUUAUGCACUUAUCACAAGCAAGAAACAAGCAGACCAAGAAAACUCCGUCCAACAAGAAUAAAAGUCCUGAAGUUACUAGGAAAGCUGUAUCAGCCACUAAAAUGACCACGACGCCAUGUGGAACAACAGCAAAGACAAAGCCUGUUUUUAACGAAGAUACUGAAACUCCAGGAAGUCUUAAAAACCGGAUUUCUGGAAUAUCAAAGAUAAAAUCAUACAGAAUAAGAACCCCCCCUUCCAAUGAAAUGGCAGGACAGUGGAAGAAGAACGCCAUUGAACUUGACUCCAAGUCUGACAGCUCUGAUAAUAUCGAUAUGUUCACCUGUACGACUAAACCAGCACCAAAUGGUUCUGUUCUGCAGACCAGACCAAAUUUUUUUAAAAAGAUUCAGAGCCCCGUCACUCUAAAAUCACCUGGAAAUUCCUUAAAGCUGGCUGCAAUGAAAAGAAUGAGAGAUGCUGGCUGGACUGCUGUGACUGGCUGCGACAAGAAAAAAAAGAAGACCAAUGAGAAAAUAUUUGCAUAAGUAUUGCCAAUACAGGUUAGAUUAAUAGAUAAUUUUACACAGUUGGUGUUGUUUUAGGUCUUCAUACAUUGAUAGUUCUAAUAAAAUAAAUAGUUCUAAUAUCUACAGAGAAAACUCCUUCUUAACAUUGUUCCAUUAUACUUGUUUGGAGUUUAUAGUUCAUACUGUUAAAUUGUUUUGGAAGUUGACAUAUGUGACUACAACGUCAUGCUCUUUGUUUUUAUGUUUGUGUUUUAAGUAAAAAAUGUUUGUUUUAAUACUGUUAAAAGAAAGUUAUACUUACAACUGUUAGCAAUUCAUUUAAUUCAUUCUGCAUAAAGGUUUUGUGUAAAUUUGGUAACAGAUGUUGAUAUGUAAGUAUCCUUUAUUUGAGCAUAUGUUUAUUGUUAAUGCCACAAAUAAAAACAAUGGUAAAGCUAAAAAAAAGUA